AUGAGUAGCACCUACUGCGGCAAUUCUUCAGCUAAGAUGAGCGUCAACGAAGUCUCUGCCUUCUCCCUGACCCUGGAACAAAAGACUGGCUUUGCCUUUGUGGGCAUCCUGUGCAUUUUCUUGGGGCUUCUUAUUAUCAGAUGCUUCAAAAUCCUAUUAGACCCAUAUAGUAGCAUGCCCUCUUCUACGUGGGAAGACGAAGUGGAAGAGUUUGAUAAAGGGACCUUUGAGUAUGCCCUUGCCUGA